AUGGCCUACCAACCACACAUCGUCGCCGCUCCUAACGAAUUCAAGCUCCCCUGGCAACCACAUGUCGGAAUCUCGGAUGUUAAGUUUGGACCCGAAGGCGCUCGUCAUUUAGUUGCAGUUACGGGAUGGGAUGGGUCGGUUUACGUCUACGAUGUACAAAGCUCCACCGACCCCAAACAGAAGAUGUUCUACUUUCACGGGCGGCCCGCGCUCAACUGUGCAUUUGCGGGAUCAUCAAAGUUGGUCAGUGCGGGCGUCGAUCGAACGGUGAAAGUGGCCGACAUUGCUACAUCAAAAACUGAGAACUUGGGCACACACGACCUCGGAGUGCGAUGUGUACGCUACAGUGACAAGCUUGGUCUCAUCGCUUCUGGUGGUUGGGAUAAUCAGAUCAAGGUAUGGGAUCCGCGAUCUCCAGGCGCCGGUGCGGCUCAACAAGGUUCGUGCUCAGAUCGCGUCUACGCAAUGGACAUCCGGGGUGAUCAAAUAAUCGUCGGCACCAGGGACAGGAAGAUCUACUUAUUCGAUAUGCGUAAUAUGCAAGAACCCGUGCAAACACGCGACAGUCCUCUCAAGUUCCAAACAAGGACGGUGGCUUUCUUCCCGUCGGACGACGCGUUUGUCGUUUCAUCGAUAGAGGGAAGGGUCGCGGUGGAGUACAUCAAUCAAUCAGCAGACGAACAAGCCAGGAAAUACGCGUUCAAAUGUCAUCGGCAAAAGGAUGCCAAUGGAAUCGAAUUGAUCUACCCUGUGAAUGCGGUCGCUUUCCAUCCAACCUACUCUUCAUUUGCUACCGGCGGUUCCGAUGCUCAAGUCAACAUCUGGGAUCCAUACAAUCGUAAACGACUCGUCCAAUUUCAUACUCAACCCACAAGCAUCGUUGGUCUCGACUUUAACGUAGAUGGAUCUCAAAUAGCGAUCGCCUCUUCAUAUGCCUACGAACAGGAAACUGAUCCAAAUCCAAUUCCCCCCUCCUCAAUCACCAUUCGAGCGUUGACCGACGGUGAUUGCCGCAUUAAAAGCGUC